AUGCAGGCACUUGUACUGGCCGCCCUUGUGGUCGCCGCCAUCGCCCUUUCUGAUAGUCAUCCUACAUAUGGAUACCCUGUCCCUACUCCUGCUUAUGCACCCGCUAAGUACGACUUCAACUACGCCGUCAACGACCCACCAUCUGGUAACGACUUUGGACAUCAGGAAACCCGUGACGGCGCCAACACACAGGGAUCCUACUACGUCCUUCUACCCGACGGUCGUCUGCAGAGGGUCACCUGUACCGUUAACGGAGACUCCGGUUACGUAGCUGAUGUCACCUACGAGGGAGAGGCUCAGUAUCCAACUCCACAGACCUCCUAUGGGCCUCCUCAGCCUUCCUACAAGCCACCCACUCCUUCCUACGCUUAUUUCAGUUAA